GUUAUUUAUUACUCUUAUUACGUAUUAAUGCCUAAAACCCGAGCAUGGGACUGAAGGCGUGCAGCUUAAUACUGGUGGCGGUUGUUAACCUGACUGGACUACUUGUUUACUUAAUUGGAUCCUGCUCAGGCUGAAGCAGGAAGGCCCCGCUCUGAAUGCACAAGGGCGCACACACUGCCUUGAGACUGCCGCCCAGAACAAAACUCAUUCCACACACAGAUGAAAACAAUUAGGGAGAGCACUGCUUGCCUCCAGGAGAGCAGCGUUGGAGAGCAUGGGCAGCUCCGGGGGCCGCCAUGUCUGAUCCGGGCCCUCCCAUGGAGACGGAGUACGCCCUGCGCCGCCGCCUGCCCCGCCGCCUGCCCCGGCGCCGGAGCGACAUCUAUGUCAACAUGAAGACGGAUUUCAAGGCCCAGCUGAGCCGCUGCCAGAAGCUCUUGGCCCCGGCGAGCGGCUGCCCCGAGAUCUGCAUCCACGGCCUGGGCUUGGCCAUCAACCGCGCCAUCAACAUUGCGCUCCAGCUGGAAGCCACUGGCGGCGGCGUGCUGCGCUUGGCAGCGAAUACGUCGACCGUCGAGCUUGCUGACGUUGCUGAGCCGGAGGGGGACAGUGACGAGCCGCUGGCCCGGACCCGGAACAACUCCGCCAUCCACAUCCGGGUGUGCCGCGUGGCCCCCGAGUAGCCGCUGCUUGCGGUUCCCUCGGCAAACGGGCCUCUGGGUGUUCUGGAGUGACCAGGUGCCCCGGCCUGUGUCCAGCGACUGCUGCCCUCUGCGUCCAGGAGUGGCGGGCCUGGGGAGGUCUCUGCCCCUCCAGAACGAAAGUCCAGCUCUGCCCUCCCUUGACUCGCCAGUUGCAAGAUACUCUCAACUCUCUUGCCAGCACACACACCGCUCAACGGAGACUUGUUUGCCCUCCUCUGGCUAAACGGGGGCUGGAUGCUCUCACUGGACUCUGCUCGGUAUGACGCCUUGUGCCCCCCCCCGCCCCCCCGUGGCUGUGCUGGGAAUAGAAGCCAGAACCCCUGGUGGGACGAGGUGCUGAGUUCUGCCUCCUGGUGCUGGAUCCUCUCCUCGCCUUGUUCCUGAAGGAGAAAGUGGGCUUUGCACCUCCAUUUGCUCAUGGGAGAACUGACUUUGGGGGCUGCACCUUCUGAUGCUGCAACUCCUGGGGGGUCUUGCUGUUGACAUCCCCAAGUGUGUGUGAAUGUGGGGGUCUUGUGGCAUUCUAGGUUGGGAGUGCGUGUCUUGCUGAGAAAUAAACGAUUCUCGAGUGUGUCCCUGGAA